AUGGCGUCCUCGACCUCGGACCUCGUGAUGUCGGUCGAGCCGAUGGCCGUGCCACUCCCGACCAGUCCAGAAACUUCCAUUCAGGAAGUGCUCGUCGGUCCUUCCGACCCGAGCUCGCUGGCCGACGCUUCCGCCCAACACCCCAGCGAAAGAUCGGAUCAGCCGACUGUUGGCACUACCGACACGCUGCUGCUUUCGCCAGCUCGCAAGGCUGUGAGCCUGGCCGGCGAUGCAGCUCCACCCAAGCCGAUGUCGCCAGAGAAGGCCGCACUCGCCGCCAUGUUUGACUCGAUCAAGAUGCCACCGCCUGUCAGCUCGCCGACAAAAUCGCCGCGCAAGGCAUCCAACCACCUUCUGACCUCGCCGUCCAAGGGUGGAUGCGGGCUGUUUGGCGCAUCCAGCUCUCCGUCCAAGGUCGACUCCACCGAUUCGGCAGCUUCCCGAUCGCCGAUGCGCUGCCCCGUAGUCAUUCGAUCUUCCUCGCCUGGCCUCGGGCAUCUGACCACAAACGAGGACAAGAAAGCAUCGACGCCUUUGUCUCCUGCACCCACGUCUUCUGCCUCCAGUCAGCAUGCAGGGCGGUCGUGGCUCGUAGCUCCGUCCAGCCCGAGCGCCAAGCUCUCGGACCUCAGCCUCGUCCUUGACACCACCGGCACGCAGGAGCUCCUUUUUAAUCAGGAUGCCAGCUUCCUCGCCGCUGCUGCUAACUCCGCUGCAGACGUCACUAUCGACGACAGCUUCGACGUCUCCCGCGCCAAAGCACGCAUCCGAUCCGCAUCCACAGCCGCGCCUGGGCCCAGGCACAGAAGCUCGCCCGCUAAGCUUGGAGCACUGAGGGCAAAGCCUCGCUUCAGCACCGUACCGGAAGACGCGGCGGCCGAGUUCAAGCCGCGCACAGCCUCGCAGGCCGAUUCGAAUUCGCUGGGCCUGCGCAAUCUCGGCGUUGGCCGCGUGGUGAAGAACGCCGCAGGCGACGACACGAUCGAGCUCAAUCUCACUGGCUCCUUCAUGGGCAACUCGAGUCUCGUGCUGGGCAACCUCAUGGACGAGAGCGGAGAGGCGUCGCUACUGUUUGGAAACAACUCAUUCUCCAUCUCCCAAUCGCGCUCUCCAGUCCGAGCCGAGAAGCAGCAAGAGCUGGCCAAGGUUCGAGGGGGCGCACGUCGUAGCAAGGAUGACGAGGAAGACGAUGACGACGAUGAAAACGAGGACUACGAGCGCGAGGCGCGCGAUGUGCAGAAGUGGGCCGCCGAGGCAGCGCGCAAGGCGCAACAGACUCGCGUCUCGACCUUGGCAGAUAAGACGCCUAGUCGCUUCGUCGGGCGCACUCCAACCACAGCUGCGGCGAGUAGGGCAGCGCCUCCAGUGCCAGCCGCAAGAGCGACGCCCCGAGCCUCGCUCACUGCACCAGCAGCUGCUUCGCGCCUCGCCAAGCCGCGCACGUCGGCGGUGGCGAUUAGGCCUGUCACGGACGGUGAGGCGCGCCUGAUCCGAUCUGGAAGCGCUUCUUCCGUGCUCUCGCUCAGCUCGCCCGCACGCUCGACCACGUCGACACGAGCUUCGAUGCCGGGUGGCAGUGCGGAUGAGCCGGGCAGCGAGGCAAAGACGCCCAUGCGAAGCCGACGCAAGAGCACUUUCACCAGCUCGCGCCCGCCUGUUUCCGGGCCCGCACGUCGUAGGGAGUCGCUCGCCGCCGCGGCUGGCGUGCCCGUGCCGCAGCCGCUUCCGCCUGUACCCUCGCUCGUCGCCACCACGCCCGGCCGCUCGCGCCCAGCCACCGUCGCCAGGGUCGCGUCCAACUCGCCUUCGCUCAAGACACCAACCGCCACAGCGCGCAUGGCCAAACCCCGGCCAUCGCUGACAGGAGCAACGCCACGCGCGUCUGCAGCUCCGAGCGUCGCGGGAUCGAUUCCGAGACCUCGGGCCUCGUUGACGGGGCGCAUGUCGCUGGGACCAGCGCAGGCGGAGGAGGCCAAGACGCCAGCGCCGCGCGCGGGGCAGAUCCGAUCCGCUUCACUCGUCACACCCUCAGCGCGGGCAGCGGCGCGCAGUGUACAGGCGGACGCGACGCCGCUGGGUGGCAUGCGGAAGAGCGCAUCGCAGCCGCAAGGGCUGGAUGCCACUGGCGAUGCAACGCCCGCAGCUCUGGGUGCCAGGGCAAGGACGCUGGUUCCGCGCGCGAGUAUGAGCCGCAUCGGCACGGCUCCUCCUGCUGCUGCGGCGAGGUCGUCACUUCUGACCACGCCGAGGAGCGUUCGGCCUGCAGCUGUCGAGGCUUCGAGAGUGCGAACGUCGGCGAGAGCAGAAGCCCUGGUGGAGCGAACUGCCAACGCUGCGGACGCGGACGCGCUGCGCACUCCUCUUGCCUCGUCGAAGGUGGUGACGGUGUCAAAAAUCGCUGCUCCGGCGGCGGGCAGACCCACGACCACGGCGCGGACGCCAGCCAGCGGUGGGUUCGGGUUCAAGCCACGCACGUCGGCAGUGUUUGUCGGAUCGGCCCGAACGGCAUCCGCUUCGCAUACGAGCGGCGAGAACAAGGAAAACUAG